UGUUAUUUGUCAACAGAAAAUGUUUGUUAGUUAAGACAGAUAUUUUUAACAACGUAAUGUGAGGCCCGGUGUAUCCUACCUAAUACCUAGAAUUCAACACGGGUCAUUUACUCUUUGGCUUCAGUUGCAGUUUGAUUUCUCAAUCUUCCGUGUUUACGUUGUAGUCGUGUCUUGUAUUGGAAUGAAGCUGAAAACACCGCGGUGCCUAGUGUCGCUGCCACUAGGCAAAGCCGUCCCUUUUGCGGCAGAUCUAGAACCAGCUUUCCGACCACCGUUUCUAAGCCUACAACCAUUGAGAACUAAAACACUGACCUUAGAUCAGUCUGUCUCCAAUCCCUUGUAUUUUCCCCACGGAGCCCAGUACAUGUGCGCGGACUCCUCCCCCGUCUCGCGUAGUAGACUUUACCGCAGCCUGACUGCGAUGGUGGAACAUUUCACGACAUCACAGUCAGGGCAGAAAACGUCUCUCGUCACUCGAUCAUUUGGAUUCAGUUAUUUCGCAUUAGUAGAGAAGUGGAUCUGGACAGCGAAUUGAGAUAUAUGACCUUAUUUUGUUAAUACAACGGUUAAUUUGUUUAGACUACUUUUUUUUUUUAUUAGCCUAACCAUUAUAUAUACGUAGAUGAACGUUGGUACUUGUGCGCGUGGUGUUAUCUAGACACCAGCGGGGUGUUUUUCGGCGGUGCGGCAGUUCAUGGUCACCGGUACGUAGCCAACCACAUGGCCGCUCUCAAGUGAAGCAGGCCCCGCUACAGCGUCACGAGUCGAACUGCUCCCUCUGUCCGCCCUUGGGCCACACAUCGCAGCAAUGCCUCCCGGGGUUUUAGCCCCGUCCCCACGGACCUCUCCGGCCCGGUGCUUCUACGGCUUGACACCGUACUUCAUAGAAGACUCCGUCAUCUCUCAGAGCCAGAUAGAUCAGCUCAUCAGCGAGAGCUUCCUGACAGUGAAGGGCGCCGCCCUCUUCCUGCCCCGGGGAAAUGGCUCCUCCCUGUCUUCUGCUUCCCGCUUCUCGCAGCUCCGGAGCAAACAUGCAGGGGACCUGCAGCAGCACUUACAGACUAUGUUCACUCUCCUACGACCAGAGGACAACAUCAAGCUGGCAGUGCGUUUGGAGAGUACCUUAUACCAGGGGACACGCUACAUGGUGGUGGUCUCCACUAACGGCCGACAGGACACAGAAGAGAGCCUGGUACUGGGCAUGGACUUCAGCCUGACCGACAGCUCGUGCUCAGUGGGACUCGUUCUUCCUCUGUGGAGUGACACUCUGAUACACCUGGAUGGAGACGGGGGGUUCAGUGUGUCCACAGAUAACAGGAUCCAUGUGUUCAAGCCGGUCUCUGUGCAAGCCAUGUGGUCGGCUCUGCAGUCCCUCCACAAGGCGUGUGAGGUGGCCCGUUGCCAUAACUACUUCCCCGGCAGUCUGUUCCUCACUUGGGUCAGCUACUACCAGAGCCGUGUAUCUUCCGACCAAUCGCGCAUCAACGAGUGGAACGCCAUGAAGGAUGUCCAGUCCCACCGGGCCGACUCCCCUGUGCUCUUCUCUGACGUGCCGACAGAGAGGGAGAGGACUGAGCGGCUGAUCAAGACUCGCCUGAGAGAGAUCAUGAUGCAGAAGGAUCUGGAGAACGUCACCUGCAAAGAGAUCCGCACAGAGCUGGAGGAGCACAUGGUGUGUAACCUGCGGGAGUUUAAGGAGUACAUCGACAACGAGAUGAUCGUCAUCCUGGGCCAGAUGGACAGCCCCACGGAGAUCUUUGACCACGUCUACCUGGGCUCAGAGUGGAACGCAUCUAACUUAGAAGAGCUGCAGAAUAGUGGUGUCCAGUAUAUUUUGAACGUGACCAGGGAGAUAGACAACUUCUUCCCAGGGCUGUUUGAGUACCACAACAUCCGGGUGUAUGACGAGGAGGCAACAGACCUGCUGGCCUACUGGAACGACACCUACAAGUUCAUCUCCAGAGCCAAGAAGGCCGGUGCCAAGUGUCUGGUGCACUGUAAGAUGGGAGUGAGCCGCUCCGCGUCCACGGUGAUCGCCUACGCCAUGAAGGAGUACGGCUGGGACCUGGGGAGGGCCUUCGACUACGUGAAGGAGCGCCGCGCCGUCACCAAACCCAACCCCUCCUUCAUGAGACAGUUGGAGGAGUACCAGGGCAUACUGCUGGCCAGUAAGCAGAGGCACAACAAGCUGUGGCGUUCCCAUUCAGACAGUGACCUGUCGGAACACCACGAGCCGCUGUGCAAGCCCGUUCACCACACCCUGGGUCGCUCUGACCUCCGUAACCAGGGCAACAGCCCCAAUGCACCCUCCCUGGAAGAGCUGCUGCAGCCGCUGGGCUCCCCCUCCAACACGGGGCAGAUUGUGCGCUCCGUCUCCGAGUCCGGGAGCCCCUGUAGCGCGGCGAAGGUGGCGUGGUCCGGUGGCCAGCCCUGUAAGAACCAGGAGACGAGAGACGAUGCGCUGACCUCCGCGUCCACUGACCAGUCGCGGCAUUCUGUUGAUCGGACAGCCGUUCCCACUGGUUCCCGGGUCCAGGGGGAGUCCUGUGGGGCGGUGCCCCCAGACGCUGCUCCUCCGGCCGGGUCCGUGUGUCUCCCGUCUCCCCCUCUCUCCAACGGCCAGUGUAACCUGGAGGAAGACCCGUCCACCCCGCCUCUCCCCCGGCCGCAGGCGGCCACAGCGGUGCCGGGCGUUUCCACGGUCACCGCGGCAGAGACUGUGCCUGUUGAGCGCCCUCAUCCUCCCGCAUCCCCACAACAUGCCCCUGUCGCCCCGGCCCCCCCUCUACCCCCGUCCGGCACGGACCGGCCUCCGAAAGCCGAGGAGCCGUCGUCACACAUGCCCCGCCAUCCGCAGGUGGCCGAGACUUCCGCGCCAGUGCCUGUCAGAAAACAUGACUGCGAUUCACACUUGACAGGCGGGGCCGUGGACUGUUCGGGGGCCCAGCAACCCCCCGGCGAUGAGGGCUUUGGCCUUCAGGACCCGGCGUCCUCCGCUCUCAGCACGGACCACAUUAACUUCUUCAGCGCCAGAGAGAAGUUCCAGGGCCUGGCCCAGGAUGGGAGGACGCGCUGCCUUUCUGAUCAGGCAGUGCAGCACACGCCUCAGCUCACUCCCAGGGCACCGGGACCAGAGCAGCAGGAGGACCCGUCUGCCGAGACCCCUGUGGAGGGAGGCGAGGAGGAGGAGAAGAAGAGGGGGAGCAUUGUCUCUGUUCACCUUAUAGUCACAGAACUGGAGUCAAUGGCACACAGUUUGGCCCCUCCCCCUGGCCAAUCAGAGCCUCUGCUUUCCCAGGACCAGAAAGUGGGUCAGUCAAACCAAGAAGUAGAGGAGAAAGAGUCACAACAGGAAGUGGAGGCUGUUAAAGAGGAAGCAAAGGUCAAAGCACAGGAGACGGAAGCUGCCACCGACUCUCCUGUUCUCUCUGGUGAUUGGGCGAUGGGCUCUGUACGCCGCGUUACCCAACAGCUGGAGCAGCGAAUGAGGCAGGAGCAUGACUCCCCUUCCCCACCGCCCCCGUCCCUCCCCCUCACCGCCAACAACCUUCAUCGUCGGUCCCUUGUCCUGCAUUACUCCUCCAACCCCCACCCGGAGGCGACCUCCAACCCCCACCCGGAGGCGACCUCCAACCCCCACCCGGAGGCGACCUCCAACCCCCACCCGGAGGCGACCUCCAACCCCCACCCGGAGGCGACCUCCAACCCCCACCCGGAGGCGACCUCCAACCCCCACCCGGAGGCGACCUCCAACCCCCACCCGGAGGCGACCUCCAACCCCCAGAAUGCAUCACUCUGUUCACCAGGCACCGGUGUCAAAACUGUGCAGGAGGAUGGGGCUUGUAGUCCCAUGGAGGAGGAUGGAGGACAGGAGACUGGGAGAGGCUCUUCACACACAAACAGCCCUGUAUCUGCCGUCCACCCGACCCACAUCGCCCGCCAACGCCUGGCCGUCGACCACGCCUCCUCCGCAGGCUUCCUGUGUCUGGAGGGGGUGACGGAGCAGGAGUCGAGCACGGACGGGGGUGAUCCCACCGGGCGACAUGGUCACGCUGUCGUAGUGACGGAGACUUGGGAGACUCUGCGGGAGCUCGGGGCGUUCCUCUGCCAGGUGAACCGAGGCGGAGCCAAGGUUUCCAGGCGUGUGGGCCAGGCGUGGGGGGAGGUGGGCGCGGCGGGGCGCAGUGGGGCCGCAGGGUGCAACCGGGAGAGAGCCAGGGAGGUGGAGGUGCGGAUUCGCAAGGCUGGAUUGACCCCGCCUUCCCUGAUGAAGCGCUCCGCCUCACUGGCUAAGCUGGACUGCCUGGAGCUGUCAGCCAAUGACCUGAGCUACUGGGAGCUUAGCCCCGCCUCUCCAGGGACACACAGCGUAGAAUCGCCCACCCUGGCUACAGUGGAAGACUGCUCCAAGAAGCUGAGGAUGCUGUCCCACAAUGCCUCCUGUCCUAAUACUUGUGCUGUUCUGACCAGUGUGUCAGACUCCCUCAGGACCCAAGGGGAGGGGACUGUUGAGGGUGGACACACCUGUUCGGAACGCUCUCCCCAGUCCGGUCAGGCCUGGCAGGGGGGGGCGUCUCUGGACUCCGGUCUCGCGCUGAUGCCCUGCCUGAUCUCCGUGGCAACACGUCAGCAGUACGAGAGGACACACCCCCUACGCAGGUUUAAGAAACGGACUGUCAGCACUCUCUACCACACUAUCUGACUGCGUGCGUGUGUGCGUGCGUGUGUGCGUGCGUGCGUGUGUCUGAGACACAGACACACACACACAAAACUAUGAAGUAUGUGAGUAUGCAAAGAUGUGUUAAUGCUGGUCAAAACCCAUCCCCUUCCUGAGCCUUCUUUCAUGUCUACAUCAUAAAGCUGCCCUCCCUGAAAACAGUAGAGGCCAGAUGCAUCCUUCAGUUUGUCUAACGGGCUACAAGUUGUUUUCAGAGAUGAAUUUAACUGCACAAUACCUCCCAGGGACUCCUGAACCCAGCACCUCCCAGGGACUCCUGAACCCAAUCCAGCAGAACAGCACAACCAGCAGUAUCCUCAGUGGCCAUCCAGUCAGUCACUUAUCAUUCAGUCAGUUUAAACAGGCCCAGUCUCGAAGAGUGUGCAUGUAUGAAGCCCCGUGGUGGGAGUAUGUAUGUAGUGACUUCUGUUAAACGUCUGUGUUGUUCAUUUUAGGUGUGUGUGUGUGUCCGUCCAUAUGGAUGUGAUUUUUUUUUUUAACUAAAGUUUGUCACUUUUGGGCACAUAAUAGGAAUUGACCUGAGCAUGUGACUGGCGUGUGCAGUUUCUCCCUUACCUUAUAUCAGAAAUAACAAUGAUAUGAGGUUUCUCAGAUAUGCACUUUAUUCCUUUUAUAUUUUUCAAUGUUUUAUUUUUCUUUGUGUGGUUGCUACAGUACUCUUGGGAAGCAUUCUUUAGGCGAGUUGAAAAGGUGUGUGUGUGUGUGUGUGUGUGUGUGUGUGUGUGUGUGUGUGUGUGUGUGUGUGUGUGUGUGUGUGUGUGUUCACUGUACAAAAUUGUAAUGUCUGUCUUUUAUCCUUUUAAACUUUUCAAUGUAAAUAUUUUUUUUAUCGUGUGCUUAUACUGUGACCAAUAAAAAAUGACUCAGAC